AGCGCACGGGGGGAGCUCCGCGCCGCCGCCGCCUUCCUCCGCUCGCGGCCGCCCUUACCCGGCGCGGCGGUGCAGCCCGGCUCUCCGCGGGGCGCUCGGCAUGAGGAGGAUCAGGGCAAAUGCCAUCGCCAUCCUGACGGCCGCCUGGAUCCUGGGCACUUUCUACUACUUAUGGCAGGACGGCAAGCCGCGCUCGGCGGCCGCCGGCGGUAGCGGCCGCGGCGGGCAGCGGGCUGCGGGGCGGCCGGAGGCGCGGCGGGAGGAGAGCGCCGUGCCCCUCGGCGUGACAAGGGCUCCCCAGGGAGAGAAGAACAGCAGGAGGGCUUUUGAUGAGAAGGCUUAUCUGUCCUCAAAGCUGCUGAAGGCUGGAGAAGACCCCUACCGCCAGCAUGCUUUUAAUCAGCUAGAGAGUGACAAACUCAGCAGCGACCGGCCCAUACGGGACACCAGGCACUACAGGUGCACCUCUGUACGCUAUGAUACAGACCUGCCAGCUACCAGCCUCAUCAUCACCUUCCACAACGAGGCCCGCUCCGCGCUGCUCCGCACGGUGAAGAGCGUCCUGAACCGCACCCCUCCCAACCUCAUCCAGGAAAUUAUUUUGGUAGAUGACUUCAGCUCAGAUCCUGAGGACUGCCAGCUCCUUACCAGGAUCCCCAAGGUCAAGUGUCUACGAAACAUCCGUCGAGAAGGGCUGAUUCGUUCUCGGGUGCGAGGAGCUGAAGCGGCCACUGCUGACAUCCUCACCUUCUUAGACAGUCACUGUGAAGUCAACAGUGAGUGGCUGCAGCCCAUGCUUCAGAGAGUGAAAGAGGAUUAUACCCGAGUGGUGAGUCCAAUCAUUGAUGUUAUCAGCCUGGAUAACUUUGCCUACCUGGCAGCAUCAGCAGAUCUGAGGGGAGGAUUUGACUGGAGCCUUCACUUUAAGUGGGAGCAGAUUCCUAUAGAGCAGAAGAUGUCCAGAACGGACCCAACUCAGUCUAUAAGAACCCCUGUCAUAGCAGGAGGCAUCUUUGUGAUUAACAAAUCCUGGUUUAACCACCUGGGAAAAUAUGAUACUCAGAUGGACAUCUGGGGAGGAGAAAAUUUUGAGCUCUCCUUCCGAGUGUGGAUGUGUGGUGGCAGCUUGGAGAUUGUUCCCUGCAGUCGAGUGGGACAUGUGUUCAGGAAGCGCCAUCCCUAUGACUUCCCUGAAGGCAAUGCACUAACUUACAUCAAGAACACUAAGCGCACAGCAGAGGUGUGGAUGGAUGAGUACAAGCAGUAUUACUAUGAAGCCCGGCCAUCAGCCAUUGGCAAGUCAUAUGGAAGUAUUGCAGACCGAGUGGAGCAGCGCCGCAAACUGAACUGUAAAUCCUUCCAGUGGUAUCUGGAGAAAGUCUACCCUGAGCUGAAGGUUCCUGAAAAAGACUUGAUUCCGGGGAUAAUUAGACAAGGAGGAAACUGUCUGGAGUCUUGGGCACAGGAUACCACAGGGAAUACGUUGGCUGGCAUUGGAAACUGUAAAGGGACAGUGAACAAUCCACCCGUCACUCAGGAAUGGGUAUUCAGUGACCCUCUAAUUAGACAGCAGGACAAGUGUCUUUCCAUUACCUCCUUUUCUACUGGCUCUCAAAUCACACUGGAAGCCUGCAAUCAAAAAGAUGGCAGACAGAAGUGGAAGAUGAAAGGCAGUUUCAUUCAGCACUUUGUCAGCGGUCUCUGCCUGGAAAACCAAACUGGGAAAGUGGUGACCAACCCUUGCCAAGCAGAUGUACCCGGCCAACAGUGGGAGCUGCUGCAAGCAACAUGAUGGUAGCACAGAGAUCUCCUUGUUUCUUUGUGCAUGAGACUUUGGGAACAAAGAGGAAUGGUUUUGUUUGUCUGACUCUAAAUGUUUUCAUUGUGCCCAUCAGCAAGCCACCAUUUCAGCUGAGCACUUGGUGUUUUUGAGCUUUCAGAGAAGAAGCUGUGGGUGAGAGGGGAAUGAGGAGAGUUGUUGAAAUCAGCCAUCUGUUGUUAUAACAGCUGAAUGUCCAUUUUGCAGCUGAUGUCCAUACACAGCAGCACCCAGAGAGGGGAGAGCACCUAGCCUCUAGUACUCAGUGACCAGAACUGCCUUGCAGCUCUCCCCCUUUCCAGUCCUUUCUCUGCGUCCAGAGUCCAUGACCCUCAGUCUGACAGCUUGAACAAUGCUUGUACAAACAUGGGUAGCUUUUUGUCUUCCCUGGCAUUUCACUUUAACAUCAUGCAUGGUUCGUGCCUGUGUGCUGCAGCGAGGACUGGCCAGAAGAGGAGCCAUUGUGAUGAGCGGAGGUGCAGGGAAGGAACUAGCAGACCCUGAGGGAGGUUUGUAACAUCUCUGUGGGAGGCCUGCCCCCCCACCUUCCUCUACCAUCAGCAGCUGCCCUUCAGUCAGAUGGGCUGAGCUUGGAAAAUGGAGCACAAGGCUGACCGGCCAGCUGGAAAAGGGCCAGCUUGUUUUAGCAGCAUAACCAGGGGUUCUGGAGGGGACUAUUCCCUGCUAAAUUCCCGCUUCCAGUUUUCUAUGGGUGACAGGCCAACCCUGCCUCCCUGAGCCCAGCAGGACCUGGGUAUGGGGCACCAUGCUCCUGGGGAGCUGCCCCUUGACGUUCAGUGUGUACUGAUGCUCUGGGAUACAAGGCAAGCCAGGGCUGUUCGCUGACUGCUUUUACUGCCCACAGUACCUUGCACUGAAGGCGAUGUGUAGUCCUUGUGGGGACAGCCUGGUGUGACAAGCCAUCCAGCCCCUUUGUCCGAUUGCUUUUUCCCCUCUCUCUGAAAGAGGAGCUGUAAAGACGCAGAGCUGAUCCACUUGCAAGGCCUGGCCUUCCUCCCAGGGGGUGCCCUGUGGGGGUUGGUUGGUGAAGCUGAAACUGCCCCUGCACAAAUACUGCCACACUAUAGAUCUGCCCUGUGAGGUGUCUGCUGUAUGCUGGAGAUACUGAUGGCAGUGGUGUCUCUAGCUCACAUCCCAGCCCGGUUCCCAGUUACCUCUCAGCUGGGAUGCCUAUCAAUGCAAAGAAAGGGAUACAAAUAAAUAAAUCUCCACAACAUUGCUUUGGAGCUCUGUUUUGUAAGCCAACACGCCCCGCUUCCCCCCAUCCUCCAAGGGCCAUACAGGGGCAAUCUUCAGAAUACGUUUGUUUGUCUGUUUCCUUUCUAGUUGAGUUUAGAAGAAGAAGAAGAGGAUCAUUUGCAUUCUGAACAAUGGCUGUAUUUGAUCAUGGUUGUAUCCCUUUCUAAUUCUUUCUUGUAGUUCGGUAUUACCCCAGAUGACAAAAGAACAGAUACUGUUCUUCACACAUAUGUUUGCAUGUGCUCAGAAGUGCUUCUGUGAGAACUGCAGGAAUUUUUUUUUUCUCUUCUGAGUUCUUUUAUUUAAAAAAUGCAGUCAGUUGGGUGCCAGGAGCAUUUUUUCCACUUCCACCUCCAUUUUGACAUCAGCUUACCAUCUCCACACCAGUUAGCUGGCCGAAUGACCUGCCUGCAUGGGGAAUGCUCAGGAGACGGUUCCCUGUGGCCCCGAGCUUGAGGCAUGCUGCAGCUGCACUUGUGUGUGGGAGAAGUGGUACUGGCUACAGAGACUUCUCUUUCCCUGUAGAGAUGCUUUUGGGCCCAAACCACUGAGGCCACAACUUUAGGAAGCAGGAAAGAACAAACAAGGAAAGAAAAUAGCUUAGGAAAGGAAAGAGGAAAGGCAGACAGACCCAUCAGGGGAAGAGAAGCUAUCCUACUAACAACUGCAUUUUUAAACAAGAUCUAUGCUGCUUCCAGAAAAGACCAUUAGGCAGUAGGAGACACGAAUGGUCAAGUUCUCAGACAGCCGGCUUGAAAAAAGUUGAUGCAAAGACAGAUGAAAAGCCAUUGAUCAGGUAUCGUAUGUAAGCUCUGUGUACAACAAAGUGCUAAAUGACUAGUUAUUUUCAUCAAAAUGUAUCCUCGGUGAACUAUUUGACCUUCCCCUCUCUCACCGUCCAGUAGCUUAUGGGUUGCAACUUAACAGUAUGUUCACUUAUCCACCAGGUACUGCUUCCUCCCUUCUUUGUCCCAGUAUAUGUGUGCAGCUUUCUUGCAGUUCCUUCUUCAUAAGCUCCUCGGCAAGCAAUUCUACUGCUGCAGACUGCAGGAACUCUGCUUAUGUACAGCCUGCAAGCUCUGCGCCAGCCCUGGUUCAAAGGGCUCUGGUUAGAUUGAGACAAAGGCAUGCUGGCUGCUACCCUGGCUUUGUGCUUGGCUCCAGUGUCGAUCCAGGUUCCUGAUAGCUCCCAGGGCAGCAGUUCUUGGGCUGGCUAUGUUGGUUUGCACCUCCCACCACUACUCAGCGACUGGCUGAGUGAGUUGGCAUCCACGUGGGGCUGUGGGCUGGGCAGGAGAAGACUGGAUGCUUUUAUUCCAGUGUUCUAGCCUGGGGAAGAAAGGGGAAGGGCUGGGCAAAUGCUAGAUACCAGUAACUCAAAUUGUCCCCGGACUCUGGGGCUCCCAGAGCCUCAAAUCUACCAGGUUUUGGACGUUAUCCGAAGGUCACCCCUCCACUGCUGUACUCUGCUGCCAGCGAAGGCACAGCCCAAGAGGCCUUCCUGCAGGGCUCUCUUCUAUGUCACCUUCUCCAAGUCAACUGGCUUUAGCAAUCGCUGAGGUACGGAUGCAUUGCAAAAGGCUGCUUCUAAAGCUGACCAAGUAAACUUUUCCUCAUGAUAAACAAAGACCAUCCAAACUCGUUGCUGGCAUGCUUUCCACUUCCCUAGAAGGGAAGGGAAAGAGGAGGAAUGUCACUGUGCUUUUCCCUCAAAGUCCAGCAGUUUGGAAUGACUGCAGUAGGGUUUUGGAAAGAAAACCAACAGAGCCCUCAGGUUCAGCCUGGUGGUUUGUAUCUUAGACACUCAGAUCAACAGCUGCUUGCCCUUGUUUUUCUGUUUCUUUUAAAUGGACCCAAGAUUGUGAAGACAGAGGUUUGCAUUGAUAAUAAGAAAGCUGGUACUGUUUCAGAUCACUCAGCGUGACUUCAUGUGCUACCAACCAGUGGUUUAUUUAAGAGGAGCUGAAGCUGCUGUUGUACAGAAAUUAAUUCAGAAGGUUUAUUUUCCCCCACUCAGUUGUAAGUUGCACUUUGCCAGAUGUAAUUUAUGUGGAACCCAGAUUUGUUUUCCCUUUUCUUGAAGAAAGCAUGUUCCAGAAUCUGUCUAAUGCCUGGAAUAAAACCCACUUUGAGACAA